AUGGCUCUAGCAAGCAUUGAAUUCACAUACCAAAUGUACUCUAAAUUUAUUUGCCUUUGCUUGAUCCUCAUAUUUGGGGCUUGGUCUUCUGAGGCCACUUCUCGAAACGUUCAAGAUGCAUCCAUAUAUGAGAGAUACGAGCAAUGGAUGGCUCAAUACGGACGCCAAUACAGCUACAUGAAUGAGAAGGAGGCUCGCUUCAAUAUAUUCAAGAAAAAUGUUGCAUUUAUUGAAUCUUCAAAUAAUGCAAACAAGCCAUACAAAAUGAGUGUCAAUCAAUUUUCAGACCUCACAACUGAAGAGUUCCUAGAUAAAAGAACUGGAUUCAAGGGUCCUGGGGAUAUCCCAGUUCCACUUCCGACUACUACUUUCAAGUACGAAAAUGUUAGCAUGGUGCCAUCUUCACUUGACUGGAGAACGAAAGGAGCUGUAAUGCCUGUCAAGGACCAAGGCGACUGUGGAAGCUGUUGGGCUUUCGCAACAGUGGGAGCGUUGGAAGGAGCUCAUCAGCUUGCUACUGGUGAACUAGUCUCUCUGUCUGAGCAAGAGUUGGUUGAUUGUAACACUGUGAACUUCGGCUGUGGUGGUGGCUACCCUGACGUUGCCUUUGAGUACAUCAUAAACAAACACGGGCUCACAAACGAGGCCAAUUAUCCCUACAAUGCUAGUGAUAAUGUGUGCAAUGCUACAGAGGCAGGCAGCCCUUCAGGCAGCAUAACCCGCUACGAAGAUGUGCCUGCAAACAAUGAACUGGACCUUCUCAAGGCUGUUGCCAAUCAACCCGUCUCCGUUUGCUUUGAAGUUACUCAAGAAUUCAUGCAUUAUAGUUCAGGUGUGUUCACAGGACCUUGUGGAACGCAGGUCAACCAUUGUGUUACAGCUAUUGGUUAUGGAACAAGUGAUGAGGGGAUGGACUAUUGGUUGCUGAAAAAUUCAUGGGGCACAAACUGGGGUGACGAAGGUUACUUCAGGAUGCAGAGAAAUGUAGAGGCAGUGGAGGGAAUGUGUGGCAUUGCUACAUUGUCCGCUUACGCUAUUGUAUAGAUGAUUUUAUCAAUGGAAUAAACACCUACUACUUGAUGUAGGUGUUCAUUACAAUAAACUUGUUCCUCAUAAUAAUACCAAGUGACAACGAUAAACUUGUUCUUAAUAAUAAAACCAAGCCACAACGUUAUUGAAA